UCAUGAGUUUGUUGUGUUUGGAACUCGGGAAGGUUUGUUUGAGCUGUAAACUCAUUUUUUUUUUAGGGAAAGAAACGUUUCUUUCAUCAUUAGAUGGGCACAAGAUUAAACAUUGAUAUCAAGUGCUGCUUUUUAAUGUGGCAAGGCCAUUUCGGCUGUAACACAAAGUUGAACCUCACGAAGGCCGAAUCAAAAUGCCACACAAGAUAUUCUUCACAGUGAUUCAUGCGAGUGGUGUAGACAAUGGAUUUAAUAUCCGAGAGCUUGAGGUUCACAGUCCGCUAUCCAGAGGAUGGCAGUCCACAAGAUUUUGUCUUUAUCCUCAAGAGAUUGUCAUCCAGUUAGCGGAGAAGAUCCGGAUCAGGAAACUACAGUUGCUAGCUCAUCAGUAUCUGAUACCGACUAAGAUCGAGUUUUACAUCGGAAGUUUACCACCAGACCACAUCACAACACUUCAUGGAACUCGCUACAAGAGACUGGGGUAUGUUGCCAUGUCCGAUAACUCCAAGACGGGCUACAAGGCAAGAGAGUUGAAGUCUGUCCAUGUAGAUGCAGUCGGGCAGUAUUUAAGACUCGUCAUACACAAAAACCAUGUCAACAAAUACAACACGUACAAUCAGGUGAGCCUGAUCGCCAUUAACGUGAUUGGUGACGAGAUAACUACAGAAGAGGAUCUCAUCCAAUAUGACGAAGAAAACAAACAGAAAGUGAAUCAGGUGAUCAAAGAUUUCAUGCCGGAAGGUUACUAUGGAGAUGAUUUGAAGAAUGGAAACGACGUGGAUCCUGCUGUACUUGGUGCUGUCAAUAGGAAGGACUACAUCUCCCCGAUGGAUGAUCUGGCAUUUGAUAUGUACCAAGACCCAGAGGUGGCUCAAAUCAUCAGAAAAUUGGACGUCAGAAAAAAUGAAGCUGUACUUCAGGAGCAGUAUGACAUGGCCAAGAAGUUAAAGCAAGCCAUCGCUGAUCUGCAAAAGGUUGGUGAGAAACUUGGGCGUUAUGAGGUGGAGAAACGCCGAGCCAUCGAGACGGAAGACUACGACCUCGCUAAGGUCAAGAAGAUCCAGAUGGAAGAAUAUCGACUACAGAUCUAUCAACAGCUAGAGGUCAACGACCUGUUGCAACUCAGCAAGAACUUGUUCUGGCCACCCAAAAAUAGCGGGGAUCGAGACACAAAUGUUCCCCUAGAGAAGGAGUCACCACGACGACCAGAACCAGUCAGGAAGCCCAUCAGUCCAUCCCCUACGAGAAAUGGAAUCGCCCGACCCGCCUCACCCAUAGACAUUGAUGAGAGGCCUCUACCAACGAUAAAAAGCUCUCCAAGGGAGCCGUUACUCGAGCCAUCCCCACGCCUGCUUGAACCUGAUGAUGAGCCAGUAGCACCUGCAGAUGCCGUUAAUGAAGCUGCUGCAACUGGAGCAGCACCACCAGAUCACGCUGAACCUCUGAACGAGAAGACGCUGCGGGAGGCAGCGGCAGCCAUUGAUAUCUUUGGACAAGAUUUGGUGAGUAAACUGUACUCUAAGAACUGGUCGUUAAGAGAGGAGGCCCUCGCUGAGCUGAAGCAGAAACUAGAAACAGAGACGGAGACGAUGGACAAGGAGGAGUUGCGUAGCAUGCUCAGGGCGUCUGUCUUUCUCUCCUCCAAAGGACUCAAAGAUAAAGUCUUUGCUGUGUUCAUGGCUGCAUUGAGUCUCGUCAGAUCAAUCUACGAUGAUUGGAUACCGAGACACAAACCAAGCAAAGGAGAUACGAGUCAUUCCUUGGAGCAAGUAUUGCCUGAUCUCAUGGCUAGGAUUGGAGACACCAAUGCCCGACUGAAAGCAGCUGACAUUGACUUUAUCAACGAGCUAGCUUUGUACAAAGAUGUGCGCUCUCUGCACAUGGUACCACAUUAUUUUGUUGCACCGUUUAAAGGCACAACUCAAGCUAAGAUUGCCGUCACUAGAGUAGACGUUGUAGACAGACUCUUAAAGGAUCUUGGGGUUGACAAACAUAGUGGUUUGACCGUUGACAAUGUGAUGACGUUUGCAAAGCGCGCUUUGGAGCAUACGGCCGGUGAGGUCAGGGAAGCAUCCGUUCAUCUGAUCUUGGAGUUAUAUCGGAUAAAAUCGGAAGCCGUCCGAUCGCAUCUCCCCUCGGAAGACGAUCAUAAGACGUUAAAGAAUCCACUCUAUCAUAAGAUCUUUGAUGGUAUGGAUAAAGUUGAUGGGAAACCCACCAAGGCGGAGAAAAAGGCCAAGGCUCAGAGUGACAAAGCAUCCGAGAAGAAACGUAAACAAGCAGAGAUUGAAGAGCUUCAGCAACAGCUGGCUGACCUCAGAGCAGCCACCUUAGCACAAGGGAAAAAUCCAGAUGCUCCAGGGAAGAAGGGUCCAAAAGCUGGAAAUAAAGAUCUGCCCAAGAAGCUGCCUCGAGCUCCAAGCAUCGCUGAGCAAUCCGACUACGGAGACGAGAUUGAUAAACAAUGCAUCUUCUGCUCAGAAGAGGACAAGAACUUCAAGGAUGAAGGUCUGGAUAUGCAUUACUGGAAACAUUGCCCGAUGCUUAAACGCUGCCAUAGCUGUAAACAGGUUGUUGAGAUUUCAGCGUUGAAUAAUCACCUUCUGAUGGAGUGUGAGGGACGAGCAAAGUUUGGCAAGUGUCCAAGAUGUACAGAGACUCAUGAGAAGUCUGAGAUUGAUCGCUAUGUAUCGGAAAAGAUCUGUCAUCCACCCAAGGCUGGUAUGAGUAAAUGCCCCUUGUGUCACAAUAGCAUUGCAGCUGAAGAUGAUAAAGAUGAAAACUGGAGGAAACAUCUUAUGGAGACGGGGAAGGAUGCUUGUCUUAAGAACCCAAGACGAGAAGCUUCCAUCAAAAGAGUGAGAGAAAGCAAGAACCCGUCUGAUAAGCAGCCACUAAAGAAAGCCCCAGAAGCAACAAAGAGUAAAAUACCCACCAAGGAGCGCAAACCCAAAGGAAAAACACAGAGGCCUAAAUAAAUUAAAGAAACCCACCGAGAAGUAAGACCAAGUCACAGAGAGUAUCAACCAACCCACCAAAGAACAAAGCUACAACAAGCAGCAGUGUAAAGAUAGUUUCAAGAACAGAGAUUGGCUGAACCCACCUAGAGAAAAGCAUCACAGCACUUAGAAGUGAAAAUCUGAAGACACCGAGGCCUUAACAGACACCAACCAAGACAUGAAACUAAAUAAAUAAGACAAAAUGUCUGCAGAGAUGUGUUUUAAAGAUGAACUUGUCUAACUCAUCAAUACACAAAGCAAAAACAUAAAAACAUUGAGGAUAGCUUUAAGGAGAGAUGAACUCAGACAAAACAUUUAUAAAAUAAACUGUCCCCCAACAGUGGCGGGGUGAACCUUUGAAGUUUUGACUCGUGAUUAAAGCUUGCCAGAGUAAAAUGUGGACAAGAUUUAAUGUGAUAAUUUGAACAUUUUUAAAUUCAGCUUGUGAGAAGGAAAUUACAGUAAUGCCAGAAGUGCCCCUAGAAAAAACUAUGCUCUCCUUCUGCCCCCCCCCUUUAAUGUUAACUUAGUUUCAGUGCUGCCCACCAAGACACAAUAAGAAAAGGCAAUACACAAUCCAUGUCAAUCUGUGACACCAACAGUUUAUUGUUGAAGUGAUUGUUUUUUGUUCAUUGGAUACCGAUUUCAAAUUUACCACACUCGUUCUGGACUUAACAAAGAGCUGCCAACUUUUGCAUCUUGCAUUCAGUGAGGUUUUGUACAACAAUCAAGGAGGCCUGGUAUUGCUCGUUUUUUGCCUUGUUACCCCUUCAAAAGUUUCUCAUAGAAGGUAGCAUGUCUAAAGGAAAUUCCAAGCCUGUCCAUUUUUGGUUGUUCAUGUAGAACGUAAAUGUCAGUUUUAGCAACUGAACAUUGCCGACCGACCAUUUUGAUCUUCAAACUGACCUCAAUUGUUUUUGCGUAGCUCAUCGAAAUUGUUGCGGUCAUUAAUUUGUAAGGGUCAUCGAAACCCACCCAGCACGUGAUUUAUACAUGAACAAAACAUCAAGCUAGUUCCAAAAUGAACUUCAACACCGUUAUCUAAAGAGAUUGUUCAACAUGUUAUCUUUUUCUUUGUACAAGACCACAUUCCUGUUUUACACAUUUUGUGUUUAGGCGUUCUUAGAAAAGAUGUUGCCGUGAAUUUUUGUUCGUUUUGUUGUGCAAAUGUUUUUGUUGAAUUUGAAAUCAGUUGACUAGUUUACCUCACGUGUACAUAAUGUAAACAAUUAUAUUGUAUAGAAUAUAACAACUUUUAUUUAGACAAUGUUUCUAGAUGUAUGAUAUUGUAAAGGACUCGUCGACCCAUUCAAUUGAUCUUGUAUGAUAGCUAUUAAACUGAAAUUCUAAUAAUAUUUAAA